AUGGUUGGACCGCAACCUACGAACUUCAAGGCAAUGACCGUAGCCGCAAUUAAGAAAUAUUUGCAAGCGCGUGGCGUAAGUGUCAAUGGCUAUCUGAAGUCUGGUCUCGUCGAAAUCGCAGUCGCAGUUGAGAAGAUGAUGUUACCGCUAGAUCCUAACUUUGAAACGGUAGAAAAUGGCGACACAUUGAAACAAAGGUUAUUUAUUCAUGACGUUCAGAUUGAUGACCCUUUUACUAUGACAAUGAAGAACGAUUUCAUUGAUUCUCCACCAUUUGGACUAUAUGAUAUUUUUAACCACCUUAUUUAUCAUGCCACCGAAUACGACAAGCAAGGUCUAGCUGCCUAUAAGUCCUUCGAAGACUACCGACUUUUUCAAGAUGGUUAUGUUCAAUCACUAAAAACUGUGAGUGUAAUAGAUGCAGGGGUAUAUGUAUAUGUCGGCCAGGUGCAACCAACUAUGCGAGCAAAAACUGAUGGGGGGAAAGACUGUUAUUCGUUGUGGUUCAUCUUGGAAGGUCGAGGGGCAAACAGAGGGAGUGUGCUUGAUGCAUUUUGUGAAUGUAAGGGUGGACGGGACGGUGGUUGCAAGCAUAUAGCAGCUGCAAUGUACUCACUAGAAGAACUGUUAAACCAGGAUGGAAAAAAGAGUGUGACAAGUGGCCCUUGCUUGUGGAUGCCAAAACCACAAUCCUCCAGUCAGCCAUGUGCUGUAGACCAACUGGAAAUCAUUAAAAUCAAGCCACCAGCUGGGAAAAAAAGAAAGAGGAACUAUACAUGGCUACAAAACAUUGAUUUUGACCCCCGAAGUCCAAAGCAUUGCAAGGUUUCGCCCAUGACAAAGGAGCGUUUUACUGAGAGGCUCAGUGCUGUUUCUGAUACCACAUCCAACAAUGAUUCAUCACCACCUGCACCAGUUAUACUGCCCCUUUUACAGAAGCUAUAUUUAAAGAAAACUGAUGAAAAUCAUAGUGGCAAGGAGUCCGACUCCCAAACUUUGUGUGGCAAGGAAUGCAGCAUGAAUCAAAGCACUGGAAUAAUGAGGCAAAAGGUGGAAACUUACAUUCGGGAAUCAACUGAAAAGAACCCUGAAAAGUUCCGAAACAUGCUAUAUUUUACUGAUGGUGAAAUUAAUCAUGUAGAGGAAGUCACCCGGGACCAGUGGCAAUGCGAUGAUUGGUAUGAGCACAAAAUUGGUUUUAUAACAGCUUCAAAGUGUAAAGAUGUUUGUACAAGGCAAACAACAUUAGAAAAGAAGAAUGAUUUUGGUACUACUGCUCUUGCAAGAGCUAUUGCAACACAGCCAAAAAAACAGUAA